AUGAACAGCGGAGUUUCCAAAGCGCGGACCCGCCGCUCCCGUGUGCAACUGUCCAAGGCUUUGCAAGAAACGCUGCUGGACGCUGUUGCAAAUGACACUGCGGGAAGACUUGUUAAUCCAUCAGGUACAGAGCUUCCGCAGAGCUACCGAGAGCAGUCUCCAGGGAGCGGAGAUCCCGCCGGAGACACGAUACCCACGCAGGCUCGAAAGAGGCGACUCGACACGACAGAGAGUAAUCCGUCGCCCGCGAAUAGAGCCCGAUUGACAAGGCCGGACACGCAGCAACCUGGCGUCGAUGACGAGAAAGCAGAGCAGGCUGGCAAGCCAAAGCCCAACCCUCCCAAGCAUCCAUACGCUUCGUUCCUCAAGGACUUUGUCGAACCCGUCCAUCCGGCCGCCGGUCCCGCAUCUAUCCACAACUUUGUUUCCGAGUGGCUCGAGUCCGUCGGAUCGGACCGAGAGAAACAGAGCCGGUCGGAUAGCCAUCUGCACCAUUUGGACGACGUCCCCAUUUCGAGACAGCUUGCAAGAUCAGCGCCAGAGAUGGGCCACACACGGGACGCCGAUAGGUUUAUGUUGCCGCCGACACCAGCUUCUACUAGAUCCCGCCGUUCAUACCAGGCAACAGAGGAUUCUGCCUCUAGCACUGCCAGCGUUCGCCAUCCGUCCUAUCGUCAGAACAACCUGAACUCGAAUGGCAUUGAUAUUAGGCAUGCCAAUACUCAGCUUCCUGGUCAUAUCUCCAGUCAUGUCGAGACAUUACGAGCAGAGCGGGAUUCUCCGAGUCCGUCCGAACAAAUCAGCGGAUAUCUUGACAGGAUGGAAGAUCUGCAAAGGGGAUGCACUGAGGCGGAUGUGGAAGAAUUCUUCACAGAUACAGUGUUUCCAAAAAACUGGGACCUCGCCUACGGACGCUCGGCAGGCUUGGAAAGUGCCAAGUCAUCCUUAAUGUCUUCUCAUCUCAUUCCCAACAACCCUGAAAGCCAGUUUAAGGUUUCUGGGCCGAAACCUGAUCUACUCUACGGAUACUCCGGCGCUCUCAGGGAUAGGGCCUUCACCCAGCCACAAUUCUUAGCCCAAGAGGCUCUACAUCCUCGAAAUGCACGGUUUGGGGAAGCGACAGCACAAGGGCUUAGGUUUCCCUUCUUCGCCAUCGAAUUCAAAGCUGCCGGAGGCACUCGAGGCGACCUCUGGGUUGCUACAAAUCAGUGCGCAGGUGCUUCAUCAGCGUGUCUGGAAGCCGUCAACCAAUUGAAUACCUCGUUGCCGAAUCACCCGAGCGUGCAACGUAUCGACAAUUUAUCCUAUUGCAUUGCCAUGGACAAUAAUACCGCCCAGCUCUAUGUAUCGUGGAAGGAAGAUGAUUUGAACUAUUCCCUCCAACGGGUUAAUGCUUUCCUGCUAUCAGACCCAGAGCAUUUUAAGAACUUUCGCAAACACGUUCGAAACAUUCUCGAUUGGGGAAAGGACACACAUCUGGCGCAGAUUAGGGAUGCAUUGGACACCAUCCUUGAGGAAAACAGGAAUAAGGCUGCAGGACAUGCGAAGUCCCGCCAACCACCAUCCCAUGGUUCUGCCACCACUACUAGCAAGAAGCGCAAAUCUUCAACGUCGCGCAGAAGCAGCAGCAGAUCCAACAGCGUGCAGGGACCAAGCGGCGGGGCAAGUGAAGGGUAUUUGGGAUGGGAUGAGACAACCUCGCAACACGCCCAUGCGGAGCUAUCUUACCCAGCUCAGAAGCUGCAAAGCUUCGUUGUUGAUGGCGACUACACUACACCCCAAGAUACCGACGGGGGACUGGUUCCCCCCGAGUAUUACUACCCAGAGGACGAGCAGCAAGACCACGGUCCGGCACUUGCGUCGUUUGGCUUGGUCGCAGAACCACUAGCAAGCUUCAUGACGGAUUUAUCAACCGAAGAGCAGCCGACGGCGGCCCCAGAUGGUUACUGGACUUGA